UUUAUAUAGGACACUAUAUGUGAAUAUUUGUGGUGAGAGCUUCCAAACGUUCAAAAACGAAAUGGCUACCCCAACUCUGCUACUACUCUCUUUCUUUCUCCUCCUCUCAUUUUCGUCCGUAGUUAUUUCUGACGAUGACGAUUGCGUUUACUCGGUCUACAUAAGGACGGGAUCCAUCUGGAAAGGGGGAACCGAUUCCAUCAUCGGCCUACGACUCUACGAUGCCCACGGCCACUGGGUGGAGAUCACCAACCUCGAAGCAUGGGGCGGCUUAAUGGGUCCAGGUUACAACUAUUUCGAGAGGGGUAAUUUGGAUAUUUUCUCUGGCAGAGGACUUUGCUUGGAUGCCCCUGUUUGUGCCAUGAACUUGACCUCCGACGGCUCGGGUCCGCACCACGGAUGGUACUGUAACUACGUGGAAGUCACCAUGACCGGCGUCCAUACACCGUGUAGCCAGAUGCAGUUCUCGGUGGAGCAGUGGUUGGCGAACGAUGCACCACCUUACGAACUCACCGCCAUCAGGAACAACUGUCCCUCGGAAUAUCCCGUUGUUCGCAGUCACCGGAAGUCUAUCUCUAGCGUGUGAUUAUCUUUUAUAUUUAAUUACCAUAUAAUAUAAUUAUUAGUAAUAGUGAUUAUGACAAUAAUCGUGGUGAUGAUUCGUUAGAGAAUAGGUGGAAUGAUCAUAUGGUUUUCUUAUAGAUCCGCGCUAGUUUCGUCAAGUAAUGUUUGUCGUCACAUUUUGGAUUAAGUAAUUGUUAUAAUAAGCGAAUUUAAAUAUUAUAAGAA